GCUCACCAAGCCUCGUUUCUGUUCAGUUCUGUUUACAACAAGCCAUCGUCCCCCGGCGUUCCCUGCCCACUGAGAUUGUUCUAAUGAAAUUUGAUAACAAAUUAGGAUGUAAACAACUCUGCAAGCAGGCGUGGUUUUCUGCCUGCUGCGGUCUGCGAAAGGUGCGUCUGAUCAACAGAAGAGAAAGACGACGGCGCGGGAGCGCAACUUUGCGGAGGGACGGAAAGUGGCUAUUGGAAGUUGGGAGCAGGAUGAGGAAGUGAUGGGGAGGGUGUUUGGAGCACGGAGCUGCCCCCUCGCCUCAGGCGGUGUAAGAGGAUCUGUGCUGACCUCGUCUGAGGGACGGAGCAAGCCAAAUAACCCUAAACCGUGGAAGGAGAGAAAAGAGGAAAGGGAGGGCAGGGGGGGGCGGGGGGGGAAAUGUUGAGAGUUUAGAGUCAGAAGGUGGAACUUACUGGAAGUUUAUUGGCUUCAGGUGGUGUCAGUCACGUUACUUCCUCCUUUGCUGUGGUGAGAGGGCAGGAGGAAGGGUAGGAGGGAGGUACCCUCACAUCAGCCAGCUCUGUGUCUCUGCUUUUCUCGCACAAAAAGAAGCCUGCACUUGGGUUUGAAAGUGAAACAGGGCAAGACUUGUAAAAAGGAGUGCAGCCUCUUGGCCUUUUUCAUUCUCACGGUUUCCUGUUCAAGGAAGCCAUUUUGUUACCCAGCCCUGGAGCAGAUCACUUGUACAAAGUUUGCCAUUGUUUUUUCUCGCUCCCCUGCUCUGGCCCACGGCUGGGGGAGUUUCACGGCUGGCUUUGGACUUUCUACCCUGCAGAGCAACAUCUUUGGAGCGAGCCGAGCCGAAGGAGGAAGGUGGAGGUGGAACAACAGCAAUGGUGGGAGGGGGGGGCAGAUCUUUCUCCCUUUCGGUGCGUCUUUUUCUCAUGCCUGUCAUGCUUGAAGAAUGACAGAAGUCAGACGACGUGAAACGAGCGCCUGAAAGGACGUGAAACUGCUUCCUGGAUAAGAAUUUCUUCCUCGCUCCUCUGGAGGGAGGCAGACCAACGACUCAGGGGGGAACAGGGACUCUCUGCUCAGUGUGUGGACACCCAUAUUCCCUCUCUCCCAACAGGACAGUUUGAAUGAGUGUGGCUUUUCGCAGAACCCACUCCACUUCGCCAGGGUGUGUGCUUGUCUCUGUGUAUGCUUAGAGCUUCACGGGGAGAGUCAGUGGACUCUGAAUGGCUAACGCAAGCCCCUGCAUGCCCUCAGGGGCAAUGUCCCAGGUCUUCUUCCCCCCAGUAGGGGCCUCCCCACCCGGCUCAGCAGUGAUGCAGACGGGACCCCCCAUAUCCAUGCCCUCUAUGCCUCCUCAGGCUCCUUUUCCAAUGGUGGACCCGACAGCAGGACACGUUGGGAUGACGAUGCCCUCAAUGAUCUGCAAUCCAGACGGGGUGUCCUUCAUCAUCCAAAUUGGCCUGACCAGGGAAUCCGUCCUGCUGCCCCAGACUGCCGACCUGGCGUAUGUGAAGCAGGUGGCCUGCUCCAUUGUUGAUACCAAGUUCCCAGAGUGUGGAUUUUAUGGCAUCUAUGACAAGAUUUUGCUGUUCAAGCAUGACAUAACCUCCAACAAUGUCCUGCAACGGGUCAAAUCCACAAGUGACAUUCAGGAGGGAGAUCUGGUGGAAGUGGUGCUUUCAGCGGCAGCCACAUUUGAGGAUUUCCAGAUUCGGCCCCAUGCGCUCAACGUCCACUCGUACCGAGCCCCGGCCUUCUGCGAUCACUGCGGAGAGAUGCUGUUUGGACUGGUCAGACAAGGCCUGAAGUGUGAUGGAUGUGGGCUGAACUACCACAAGCGCUGUGCAUUCAGCAUACCCAAUAACUGCAGUGGAGCACGCAAGCGGCGGCUGUCCACCACCUCUCUGAGCAGCAGUCAGUCCCUGCGUCUCUCCACCAGCGAGUCGGUCUACAGCGUGGGGACAGCCUCCACCUGCUCCGAAGAAACCAGUUUAAUUCGCUCUCACACACAAAUGCCACGGACUCCCAGUGAGGCGCGGCGCUUCUACACAGGCCGGCCUGUUCAUCUGGACAAGAUCCUGAUGACGAAGGUGAAGGUGCCCCACACAUUUGCUAUUCACUCGUACACACGGCCAACGGUGUGCCAGUACUGCAAGAGACUUCUCCGAGGAUUGUUCAGGCAGGGCCUACAGUGCAAAGACUGUAAAUUCAAUUGUCAUAAACGCUGUGCAUACAAGGUUCCUAAUGAUUGCCUCGGGGAGACCAUUGGAGACAACAGAAGUAACUGUGACAUGCUGAGUCCCAGCGCCGACACCGAAGUGCCCAUGGACUUCAGCAGUGAGUACGACACCUCGGACAAGUCUUCAAUGGAUGACUCGGAUGAGGCCUGCAGCAUCCCCGGGUCCUUUUCUCCAGACAACAACCAGGAUGGGACAGGUGGAGACCAAAGUGCUAAUAUCCCACUGAUGAGGGUUGUCCAGUCGGUGAGGCAAACGACUCGACGAUCCAGCACAGCAAUUAAGGAAGGAUGGAUGGUUCACUACAGCAACAAGGACACUCUGAGAAAGAGGCACUACUGGCGUCUGGACUGCAAGUGCAUCAUCUUGUUCCAGAACAACACCUCCAACAAAUACUACAAGGAGAUCCCCCUCUCUGAGAUUCUGGAGGUGCGUCCUGCUACUGACUUCACUCUAGUCCCACAAGGCACCAACCCUCACUGCUUUGAGCUCGUCACCGGCACCAUGUGCUACUUUGUUGGGGAGGACCCCAACACCCUUCCCUCACUGUCCACCAGCAACCCCCAUUCCCUUCCCCAGACGCCUCCGUCCCCCAGCAUGGUGCAGCCCAACAGUGGCAUUGGGCGGGAGGUGGCAAACGCCUGGGAGUGCGCCAUUCGCCAGGCGCUCAUGCCAGUCAUCUUUCAGGAUGCCCCGCCGGCUGAGGGGCAUACGCCGCACAGACAAGCCUCUAUCAGCAUUUCUGUCUCCAACAGCCAAAUCCAAGAGAAUGUGGAUAUUGGCACAGUGUACCAGAUUUUUGCUGACGAAGUGCUUGGAUCUGGUCAGUUUGGUGUAGUUUAUGGAGGAAAGCACAGAAAGACGGGGAGAGACGUUGCUGUCAAAGUCAUCGACAAGCUUCGAUUUCCCACCAAACAGGAGAGCCAGCUGAGGAACGAGGUGGCAAUCCUGCAAAGCUUGCGACAUCUGGGAAUAGUGAACCUGGAGUGCAUGUUUGAAACCCCAGAGAAAGUGUUUGUGGUGAUGGAGAAGCUGCACGGCGACAUGCUGGAGAUGAUCCUCUCCAGCGAGAAGGGAAGACUGCCGGAGAGGCUGACCAAGUUCCUCAUCACACAGAUUCUUGCAGCUCUCAGACAUCUCCACUUCAAGAAUAUUGUUCACUGUGAUCUGAAACCUGAGAAUGUGCUGCUCGCCUCAGCCGAUCCGUUCCCGCAGGUGAAGCUGUGCGACUUCGGUUUCGCACGCAUCAUCGGCGAGAAGUCUUUCCGUCGCUCCGUCGUCGGCACACCGGCCUACUUGGCCCCAGAGGUUCUGCUGAACCAGGGCUACAACCGCUCGCUGGACAUGUGGUCGGUCGGCGUCAUCAUGUACGUCAGCCUGAGCGGCACGUUUCCCUUCAAUGAGGACGAGGACAUCAAUGACCAGAUUCAAAACGCGGCAUUCAUGUACCCGGUCAACCCCUGGAAAAAGAUCUCCAAAGACGCUACCGACUUGAUCAACAACCUGCUGCAAGUCAAGAUGAGGAAACGCUACAGUGUCGACAAAAGUUUGAGCCAUUCCUAUUUACAGGACUACCAGACGUGGCUGGAUCUGCGGGAACUGGAGACCAAGCUUGGCGAGCGCUACAUCACCCACGAGAGCGACGAUAGCCGCUGGCAAAUGUACGCCACGAAGCACAAACUGUCGUACCCGGCUAACUACGUACCACUUCCGCCUGCGUCAGCCUCCGAUGACGACGAUGGCGCGGAGGACUCGGACAUGAAAGGCCUCACUGAGAGAGUCAGCAUCCUCUGACCACAGAAACACCCCCCGUCCUCUUUUUUUUUUUUUUUUUUUUUUUUGAAGAAGAAGACAGCGCAGUCUACCUGGAGUGUGAGAAGA